GCUGAUACUGAGAAGGAAGUGGUGCGUUUACGAUCUGAACUGGAAAAACUUGGCCGUAAUAGCGCAGCUUCGGAUGAUGCAGCUUUAUCAGAAGAUAGCCCAUUGAUUUGCGCGAAGAAUGAACAAAUUCACAAAUUAUUGGAAAAAAAUAAAUUGCUCAGUUCGAAAUUUGCUGAACAUGAGGCACAGUCGAAUAAACGCAUUGAUGAGUUGAUUCAAGAGCUGAACCGGCAAGAGGCACUUGUCGAACAGCUGCGAGCUCAACUAGAAGCUCAGUCCGAUUAUGAGGAUAUCAAAAAAGAGCUAAGGUUCGUGCUUUUAAUAUUUUGA